CGAAGAAGAGCUGCAACAAGACACAGAAGAACUUUACCUAGCUAGGUAGCAUAAUUAGCUAAAUCGCCCUGCAUUUUAAAAACACAACCACUUUGUUUGUUUGUUUGUUUUAAACAAGCGGUUUUGGCUGACAGCUGGAGUGGGGACUGAUAAAUGAUAAGAUGUUGCUUUAAAUAAGAAACAGCGGGUAUUUUGUAUCACAAUGUUUAGCAAGUCGUAUCAGCUGCUCCCUCAGAGAGACUCCACCGCUCCGAGGACUCCUGGCCUGUUUGUGGACAGUAACAGCUUCACACAGCGCAGCUACCACAAAGGACUUUCAUUUGACUACAUCCCCAAUGUUUCUGAAAACGACUUUACCGAUACCUCUCAGGGAUGGCUGUCCUGGAUUUGCAACCUGGUUGUUGUCUUCCUCGUCUACAUCUGCACCUUUAUAACCUUCCCUAUAUCAGGAUGGUUUGUACUGAAAACAGUGCCUAACUACCAGAGGAUAGUAGUGUUUCGUUUGGGGCGAAUUUGUCCUCCAAAAGGCCCUGGUAUUGUCCUUGUGCUGCCCCUCAUUGACCAGUGGCAGAAAGUAGACCUGCGCACCCGUGCUUUCAACAUCCCUCCUUGCCAGGUGACCACUCAGGAUGGCGGUAUGUUGUCAGUGGGAGCAGACAUCCAGUUCAGGAUCUGGAACCCUGUCAUGUCAGUAGUAUCAGUCCAAGACCUGAAUGCCUCAACCAGGAUGACAGCACAGAAUGCUUUGACCCACAGCUUGGUCAAAAAGACUGUCCGGGAAAUCCAAACUGAGAAGGUUAAACUGGGAGAAUAUCUCAGGGUGGACAUUAAUGAGAUGACUCAGCCCUGGGGGUUGGAGGUGGACAGGGUAGAGCUUACUCUGGGCUCUCUCCUGAAGGCCCCAGAAGAAGGCCCCUCUGGACCACUCAUCAUGCCUCCCUCUGUGCCUGGACUGGAAGGCCUCACAGGCCCCAUUCAGCAGUUGGCCAUGCACUUUCUGAGCCACAGUGGCAGUUCACAGCCUCAGCAGGAAGACAGCAUAACAUUUACAGAUGAGCUCAGCAGUGUCCCUCAGGCUAUCAUACCGAGUUCUGUUGAAGAGCUGCUCACCGGGGUCCAGCUGGUGCUUUCUGAAACUUUGGUCUGCCGGGUCGGGGCCUGUUUCCAGUUUGACAUCAGCUCUGGAGAUGGACAACAUCACAGUUACUAUGUGGAUUUAAGCCAAGGCAGUGGUGCAGUUGGAGUGGGGUCCUUGUGCAGGGAACCAGAUGUGACACUGAGUAUGAGUGACAGCGACCUUCUGGCCAUGUUCCAGGGCGGGCUACGACCAUUUGCUGCAUACACCAGUGGCAGACUUAAAAUCCAGGGAGACAUUAAGACUGCCAUGAAGCUGGAGGAACUCAUAAAGCUACUAAAGAGAUAGUGUUCCUAGUAAAAUGUUUAUAUGUAUUUAUUAAUUGUUUGUCAUUUUAACUGUAAAGUCGAUGUUUUUCCUGGAUGCACUGAUUACACUUGCUAUAA